AUGACUUCAAUCAACAGCGAAAUUAGCGUAAAUCAUCAGAAGACAUUGACGAAGAAAGUCUUGUGGAAGCUGGAUUGUCAUAUUUUGCCACCUCUUGCACUUCUUUGGCUGGCGAAUUUCAUCGACAGGAGCAACGUUGGAAAUGCACGAAUUGCAGGACUUGAGAAGGAUACACACUUAAAGGGGAAUCAAUUUAACACAGUAUUGGCUGUAUUUUAUGUAUCAUAUCUCCUCGUUGAACUACCGUCUAACAUGUUGCUGAAGAAGAUGAAGCCUAACCGGUGGAUUCCUCUUCUCGUGUGCUUGUGGGGUGUUAUCACCACUCUUUCGGCUCUGGGUCUUUUGAAGGAGGUUUGCUCCCAGGAAUCCUUUGUGUUAGAUCCUUUACUUGAGCACCAUUUACAAACGUCACGAGCUACAGCUAAGGACAUAUCACACAGAGUCGCGUCACUCUCCGGUGCCUUCGGAGGCCUUCUUGCGACGGCCAUUUUAAAAAUGGACGGUGUAGGAGGCUUGGCUGGUUGGAGAUGGAUCUUUAUUCUAGAAGGGCUGGCAACAGUAAUUUCAAGCUUCAUUGCGGCUUACUUUCUACCGGAGAGCCUCGAAACAGCGUCAUUCUUCACAGAUGAGGAAAGGAAAUUUGCAAGUAAGGUAUUCAGGCACUCAAAAUUGUCCUCAGGAAACUUAUGUUACGUGUGCCCAAAUAUCGAAACUUUUUCCCCUAUUCGAAAGGAUCUUGAAGAAAAGGCCAACACUGAGGGUCAAUUUGAAAGUACAUCUAGCUCUUUGCCAGCGCAGAAUGAAGAGGAAUUCGAAUGGAGAGAAGUGUUUAGAGGGAUAUGGGAAAUUCAAGUAUGGCUCACAGGACUCGCUUAUUUUGGCCUUAUCGUCAGCUUAUAUUCGUAUUCUUUAUUCCUUCCCACCAUAGUCGCCGGUCUAGGUUACACUGGCUCUGAGGCGCAGCUUCAUACCGGUGAGUAA